AUGUCAAAAAACGAGCUCAAAAGGAGAAGUGGUGAGGGUUCUGGAAAUGGAAUAUUGUUCAAGGAUAUAGAUGUAUUGACUAAAGCAUUAUAUGAAGAUAAAACACAUCCCAGGAGCAUCAUAAACUCUACAGCUAGUAGCAGAUCAAAAGCCAUUGUUAAACCUCAUCUUCCUGAAACAAAAUCAAAAUCUAAAAUCAACAAUGAAGAUCGGUUUCUAAAGGACAAGAAAUCCAUUUGGAGUUGGAACACCUUCAAAUCUUUCACACAUGUCCGCAACAAGAGAUUCAACUGUUGUUUCUCCCUUCAAGUCCAUUCAAUCGAAGGACUCCCACCAAGUUUUGAUAAUCUCACACUCUGUGUAAAGUGGAAGAGACGUGAUGGUGAGUUGACCACUCACCCUGCAUCAGUUUCACAAGGUGUAGCUGAAUUUGAAGAACUGUUGACCAACACUUGCUCUGUUUAUGGUAGCAGGAGUGGGCCCCAUCACUCAGCUAAAUAUGAAGCAAAACACUUUUUAUUGUACGCAUCUGUGUAUGGAGACCCUGAGCUUGACUUGGGAAAACACAGGGUUGACCUUACUAGAUUACUCCCUCUUACAUUAGAAGAGCUUGAAGAUGAAAAAAGCUCAGGAAAGUGGAGUACUACAUAUAGAUUAUCAGGCAAGGCAAAAGGUGCAAGUAUGAAUGUCAGCUUUGGGUAUUCAGUAGUUGACAGCAUUAAAUCUCCUACUGGUCAAAGUCAAAUGAAGCGAGGUGAAAGUCUUCCUGUUAUGUCUCGUUCAUACAAUCGUUCUGUAGAAGAUAUAAAGGAUCUUCAUGAGGUUUUUCCAGUUUCAAAAUCAGAACUUUCUGAAUCUGUUAGUAUGCUGUAUAAGAAACUUGAUGAAGAUAAGUCAACCAUAUCUGUUGACUAUGAAACCAAACGAGAUGUUCAAGACUUUGACACUCCUGAUCCUGAUAAAAGUGAGUUUUCUAUCCUAGAACAGGGAAUAGAGUUUCCUGUGAAAGAAAAGGCAACACCAGAACAUGACAUAAAAGCUUAUGAAGAGGAAGAAGGUACUUUAAAAGAUCAGAGAUUUGAUGAAAAAGAAUUAAUCAUGCAAGAAUUGGAAUUGGCCUUGAAUAAUGUGAAUGAAGUAUCAGAUUCUCAAGAAGAAAGUGAGAAUCUAAAAGAAGAUGAAGAAGAGGGUACUUUAAAAGAUCAGAGAUUUGAUGAAAAAGAACUAAUCAUGCAAGAAUUGGAGUUGGCCUUGAACAAUGUGAAUGAAGAAUCAGAUUCUCAAGAAGAAAGUGAAAAUCCAAAAGAAGAUGAAGAGGGUUUGAAGGUGACAGAAACAGAAAGUGUUGCAGGUUUUGAAUAUGAAGAAAAUGAAAACAUGGAGGUUAAAAUCGGUUAUAAAAAGAAAGGAAAGGCACUGAAAUUAGAUCAUGCUACUGAAGUUGUAGCUGAAGAUUUCUUAAACAUGCUUGGAAUAGACCACAGCCCCUUCAGUCUGACUUCUGAAAGUGAGUCAAACUCUCCACGAGAACGUUUACUAAGACAAUUUGAAAAAGAUGCAUUGACCAAUGGUUCUUCUUUAUUCAACUUCAAUCUUGAUGAUGAUGAUGAUGAUUUCAUUUGCGACUCUUCAUCCACCUCAAUGUUACCCGAAGAACAUAACAAAACAAAAGCAUCGAUCAUGGAAGACAUGGAAUCAGAAGCUUUGAUGCGUGAGUGGGGUCUAAAUGAGAAGGUUUUCGAGCGGGACCCAUCGAGUACAAAAAGUCAAGUUGACUUUUCUCCUGAAGAACCACUUGAGCUUCCUCCACUUGGAGACAAUUUAGGUCCGUUUGUUGAGACAAGUAAUGGAGGGUUUUUGAGGUCAAUGAGCCCUGAGAUUUUCAAGAAUGGUAAAAAUGGAGGGAAUUUGAUCAUGCAGGUUUCAAGUCCAGUUGUUGUCCCUGCAGAAAUGGGGUCUGGAGUUAUGGAUGUUUUACAAGGUUUAGCUUCUGUUGGUAUUGAAAAGCUUUCAUUUCAAGCAAACAAGCUCAUGCCUUUAGAAGAUAUAUCUGGAAAAACUAUCCAACAAAUAGCUUUAGAACAAGAAUCAUCAUCAUCAUCCAUCGUAGGUCAAAGUCAAAGAUCAAGAAAAUACGAUUUGGGGGAUACAGAUCCAGAAUAUGUCUCUUUAGAGGAUCUUGCACCAUUGGCAAUGAACAAGAUCGAAGCUUUAUCAAUGGAGGGGUUAAGAAUACAAUCCGGGAUGUCUGAUAAUGAAGCACCUUCAAACGUAAGCCCAAAAUCCAUAGGCGAAGUUUCUGCUCUGGAGGGUAAAAUGGUAAAUUUGGGAACUGGGGGGUUACAGUUGUUGGAUGUUAAGAACAAUGGACAUGAUGAAGAUGAUGAUGGUAUGGAUGGGAUGAUGGGUUUAUCUGUGAGUUUAGACGAAUGGAUGAGAUUGGAUAGUGGUGAAAUCGACGAGAGUGAAAGAACUUCAAGAAUUCUUACAGCUCAUCAUGCUAGUGACAUGGCGAGGGUAAAAAGAGGAGGUAAAAACAAGAAAGGUGGGUUGUUGGGGAAUAAUUUUACUGUUGCGUUAAUGGUUCAGCUUCGUGACCCGUUAAGAAACUUUGAACCGGUGGGGACACCGAUGCUUGCUCUUGUUCAAGUGGAACGCGUCUUUGUCCCACCAAAACCCAAAAUUCACAGCUCCAUUUACUGGAGAAAACCCGAAGAAGAAGAAGAAGAAGACGAGGUGAAAGUUAAAGAUGUUGAAGAAGAUAAGGUGGUGGUUGUUGAGGAAGAAAGUGUUUUGGUUCCUCAGUUUAAGGUUGUGGAGGUUCAUGUUGCGGGUGUGAAAAAUGAGAGUGAGGGGGGUAAAAAGGGAAUUUGGGGGUGGGGGUCGAAUGUGAAACAAGAGAAGGCGGGGUCGCGGUGGUUGGUGGCGAAUGGGAUGGGGAAGAAGAACGGGAAGCAUCUGCUGAUGAAAUCGAAAGCUGCUGAUAAAUCCUCUGGUGGUGGUGGUGGUAGUAUGUGGAGUGUCUCAUCAAAGGGGAAGGGGAAAGGGAAGGUGGAUCCACCUGUUACUGUUAGGAACCCUAAUGUUAUCAUUCCUAAUGAAACAGUGAGGUUGCUAAGUGGAGCAGGCUUUUUAUGA